UCAGUCAUUUCCUGAACCUAUUUAUCAGAGAUGUCAGUAAUGAUAUGAGUUGGCUACUGAGUAGAUACGGGAACAGAACAGUAACAUACAGCAACAUGGGGCAGUACAGUGGCUCUAUGGGUGUAACGUUGUUGUGGGUUCUGCUGUGGAUAUCUAGAUCCGGUCAGGGACUCUCAGCUGAACAAUUGUCAACGAAGAUAUUUUUCCUUGCCGAGACCAAUACCAGUAACAGAGUCACUCUCCAAGUUCCCCCUGCAGUUCUGAAAGGGACAGCACACCAAUGGAUGUGGACCUCACAUGAUGGCAGACACUCAAACACUUCAGUAGCCCAAAUCACUUCCUCCAUGAGUAGAAAUCCUUCAUGGAACACACAGGCUCCUUUCUCACAAGGAACAGGAUAUCUGUCUAUGCAAACAAAAUAUGAAAAUGCUGGAGAGUUUGUGCUCAUGCAAACCAAACCAGCUUCAGCAGUUCUGGCGAGAUUUGAGGUGUUUAGUUUUGUGGUUAAAGCGACACCAAACUAUAACGGUAAUGAAGUGUAUCUGGGUUCUGAUGUGAGUGUGCGUUGCGAGGUGUCCCACAUACCAGAUGGGGCCACACUGCAGUGGGAAAUAGAUGGAGAUUCCACAUCUAACACCACGCUGUUCUACAACAAAACGGCCCAUAUGAUCAUCCACACUGUCGAUCAGAAUUACCAGGGGAGAUCUAACUGCAAUUUCAGACUGAAUGGAGAAUUGUUGUUUAGAGAUUAUACUACACUGUCUGUACAAACAGGCACAUUUAAUAACCCAUAUCAUCUGUUUCGAGAGAGCAGCAACAGCAGUGAGGUGAAGUUGAUCUGCAGGUCAAGGUCCUCAUACAGCAGAGCCAAAUGGAUCAUGAGCAGAUCACCAACAUCUGUUACUCUGACUUCAUCAGACAAAGUCAGAAGUGACCGAUUCUCAUCUCCCUCAUUCAACGGAUAUGAUUUCCCACUGCAUGUCUCACCAGUGACAUUUGAGGAUAGUGGAGUUUUCACAUGUUUCUUUGAAGACCACAGGUUCAGCUCGGUUAAAAUCACAACCAUUCGAGUAUCUGAAUCUGGAGGGCCCCCUGGUGGCCAGCCCGUGGUGGUGAGGUGUGAGGUGUCGGAGGUGAGCACCGACCCUGUGACCCUGGCCUGGAUGAGGAUGGAGGGGAGCAGGUGGCUGCUGGUCAAACAGGACGUCCUGACAAAGAGUCAUCCUAACAGGACGCUCAGUGUGACCCUGCCCAGCCUCCAUAGGGACCAGCUGCACUGGCAGUGUGCUGUGUUCACAGAGGGCAUGCUCAGAGCGACAGCCUCCCUGACCCUCACACUCCCCACACAGACAAAAAUGUCUUCAAUGACAGGGAUGGGCACCGAGACAGUGGUCAGAGGGGUGAUUACAAUGGCUGCCACCGUAGGAAUUCUGGGACUUCUUGGGCUCUACUGUCGAAGACCAAACGGCACCCAGACACAGAGACAAAAGGAGGAACCUGCUCAACUGGAGGAGACUAGUGUAUAGCCUUGUUGCUAGCCUAUGGCCUGUGGCUGUGUUGAAAUAUAGCUUUACCACCCAUGUCUGUACCAACCAGUGACGUCUUUCACACUGAAUUACCACAUGUCACACUGUGUUCUGUCAAAAGGUCUGGCAAUAGAAACUUCACUGGUGUUAAAAUAAUGUGUUAACCACCAACAACCUUCCCCUCAAAGACUAAUAUUGAAAACAUGACCAUGUUAUGAUACUGUAAGCAUCUUUCCAAAAGACCUAAAUAAUUUACACUGACUGCAUUAAACAUUAGGAACACCUGCUUUCCAUGAUAUAGUCUGACCAGGUGAAUCCAGAUGAAAGCUAUGAUCCCUUAUUGAUGUUACUUGUUAAAUCCACUUUGAUCAGCGUAGAUAAAGGGGAGGAGACAGGUUAAAGAAGGAUUCUUGAGACAAUUGAGACAUGGAUUGUGUAUCUGUGGCAUUCAGAGGGUGAACGGUCAAGACAAAAUAGUAAUGUUUUUACACUCAAUGUAUAUUAUUUAGUUCAUCCUAGAAAUGUACAUUUCCAUUCAUCCUCAGUCUGUAAUGUUUGUACACAAUAAAUGGGGAUGUUAAUACUAGUUUGUCAACAGUGUCUCAGUUUAUUUUACCAUCUGAUUGUCCUGUAUUAGGAAAGCUUUGAACUUUGAAUGGACUGUUGUAAGAGACUGGCUAUAAUGUAGCAAGUUAGGCCUUUUGGUUUUGAAAGCCUUUGGUUGCAUUUGGACAUCAUGGUCUUUGGAAUUUCAAAAUAUUCACUGUUUGCUUCAAGAGGAAAAUGUCUUGUUUCCAUAUUAAU